AUGUCGACCCGUCCCUUAUGGUACCGGUGGGCUCGUGUGGGGUUCUAUGGUGGUGCUAUCAUUGCCACAGGAGUGGUGCUUUUCAAGUAUACAACCCCCACUGAUGAACAGUUAAUUGCGAGUUUCUCACCAGAAGUGCGAGCCGAGUACGAGAAGAGCCGAGAAUUAAGACAAAAAGAGCAGCAAGCGCUUAUGGAAAUCGUCAAGAAAACGUCGGCGCUGAACGACCCGAUCUGGAAAACCGGCAGCAUCAAGUCUCCGUUUGAAAAAGAUGGUCGUUAUGUCGACCCAAAGUUGGUGGAUCCGCAGGCUUUGCUUCGUGAAUCUGCCGCAGAACAGCAACGCAUUGAGACCGAAGAAGCGAACCGGAAAAUGGAGGAAACCGAGCGGCUUUUGAACGAGAAGAGAAAGAAGUGGUGGAGCUGGAAAUGA